GCAACAACAACAUACCCAGUGUAUUCUCACCUAUUGGGGUCUGGAGAGGAUAGAGUGUAGAGUGUAUGCAGACCAUACCACUAGAAAAAAUAGAGAGAUUAUUUUCGAUAGAUCCCUGGCUUAGGAUCGAGUCAUAGUAUAAAAGCACUUAAUGGAAAUAAUUUGUGUUUCCCGUACUCUUACAAAAUACAUCAUCAUAUCCCUAUUAACCACCUUACCUCCAAAUUAAACAUCUUCCUUGGAAACCUGCAUAAACUUUUACCUCACUAAAAAAAAAAAACAUGGACAUCCAGGGAGUUGGUGCCAAUUCAUCUGAUAUGGGAACUAAAAAUAUCUGCAUAGUUCUAGUCCUUGAUGAUUUUACUAUUCAUCAUAUUGUUUCUGAUAUGCUUGACAACCAAACUUAUCAAGUUUUGCAUGUUGAAAAAACAAUGGAUGCUUUGAAUGUUAUUUGGGAGAGAAAGAGUAUCUUCAAUCUUGUUUUGUUGAAAAAACAAUGGAUGCUUUGAAUGUUAUUUGGGAGAGAAAGAGUAUCUUCAAUCUUGUUCUUACAAACAUCCACAGGCUUCAUACAAAUGGAGUUGACAUCCUCCAAAUCAUUAAGAACAAACUCAAUCUUCCUACCAUUUUAAUGUCACCUGGUGAUGAAAAAUAUGAAAAUCAAGUCCAAGAUUGUAGUGUUGCAGCAUAUGUUGUGAGUUUCUCAGACACAAAUGAGAUGAACAAGUUUUGGCAAAAGGUAUUAGAGAAGGAGAAAGGUAGAAAAGCAGCAGAAGAAAAUAAUGAUGAUGAAAAUGCUACAAGAAUGCCUCAGAAUGUAACUGCAGACACAAGUAGAGAUAACACAUCAUCUGCUGAUACUGAUACAGCAAUACAUGCUCGUGAUACGAAGGGUAAGUGAAAAGCUAUCAGUGACAGAAGUGAAGAAAAUAGAGAGACCGAAAAGAAACGAAGGGUUGUAUGGACUCCAAAGAUGCACCAAAAUUUCUUGCAAGCUAUUCAUCAGUUAGGCCAUGAAAAGGCUGUUCCUAAGAAAAUAGUUGAAAUCAUGGAUGAGCCUGGAUUGACUAGAGAACAUGUUGCCAGGCAUUUGCAGAAAUAUCGCUUGUGCCUUAAAAGAGCUCAGAAAAGUUCGUCUGCUUCUAUCUAUGAUGAAAUCCUAUCAAAUGACGCUAAAGAGAAAUUCUCUCAAGUUCAACCAUACCUAUCUUCUCUAAAUUUCAGCGCCUCGCGAGGAUAUUCUCAUUCUAUGCAACAGCCAUUUCAAACAUACUUCCAGCAAGGAACUGGUGGCAUGAACGGUCUCUUGGAUUUUGCAAAUUCGCGAGAAGCAGAUCAUAAUGCCCUGAUUGGACAGCAUUCAGCAUUUGUGCCAAGAAUAGCUCAUGGUAGUAACUUCAGAGUAUACGGCGACAAGAGAAAGAACAUGCUUUUCAGCAUCCAAAGUGGCAAUGCAAACCAGCCCACAAACUCGAAUUCUGGUUUGGAGUUUAUUGGUUUUAGAUUGAGCACAGAUGGGAAAUCUGUCAACUUUGGUCAAAAAGGUUUGUCUUGUGCUCUAAUCCCAAAUAACGCGUAUUCUGGUCUAAGUUCCUCAUUGUCCGAGGACUACAUUCAUAAGCAGCAAUCUUCACCACCAUUCUUGGAAACCCCUAUCGAGAAUACCUUAAUUCAAUCCUCUUCAGUUCAACCUGAGAAUCUCACAUUCAAUCAUCCUUGUAACAGCACUUCAGAACAAUAG